AUGUCACGACAUCAAUAUGAUUUAAUUCAAUGUAUGAAACAACCAGGAAAAUCAAUAGGUCUACUAUGUACAAACUGUGAUGGGAGAUGUCCAAUAUGCGAUUCAUUUGUUAAACCAACAGAUAAAGUCAAAAUUUGUCAAGAUUGUUCUCAAGGUCAUUUACGUAAUAAAUGUAUAUUAUGUGCAAAUUAUUUAGGUGCUAACAAUGAUGAUGGUGUACCUGCUUAUUAUUGUCUUGAAUGUGUUCGUAUGGAAAAGCAUCGUGAAGGAUGUCCUAGAAUCAUAAAUGUUGGGGGAAAUAAAACAGAUAUGAUUUAUAUGAAAUCUAAAGAGAAAAAUCAAAGUCUACAUCAUAGAUAA